AAUGCCAUAUUUUUAAUUUUAUUUUUAAUUUUCUAAUUUUUGAAAGGUAUUUGAUAUUCUGGGUUUCUAUCAAUUUUUGACCUUAUUCUCUACCUUUAAAUUUCCCCGGCCUAAGGAAAGUAUAUUAUUCAUACUAUAUAUACCCAAAAUAAUAACAAAACCAACAACCCAAAACACACUUCCUUUUUUCUUGGAUUCUCUCUCAAUAUCCAAAUAAAGCUAUAUUCUCCCUAUUUCUUUUUUCUUCAGUAAUUCCAAUUUUCUGGUAAUUUAUAUUUCUUUCAUUUUAGGUGGUGGAAAUUUGUUUAAAGUUCUCAAUUUUAUUGGGUUUUGUAUUGAAAAAUUAACCCAAAAUGCUUUAUUUGAUUUUGUUUUCUGUGAUGGCAGAGAAAGAAUGAAUGCCCCCUCAAUUUGACAGUGUCUUUUGUGGAGUAGCAGCAAUUUUAAGCAUAUUUUAGCUUUUGUUCUCUUCUUGGCUUUGCUGCUCAAAACAAACUAAAAGCACCAAUAUACUGCCCUUCUUCUGUCCUCUUCUGGACUGUGUGCUUAUUAACAACUACUAGUAUUAAAGGGAUGAAGUUUCACAACUUUAUUUCAUUUUUUUUUCUCAAGUUAUUGAUGAAUUUGUGUUGCUAAACAAAGUUUGUACUACCAUUUUAUUUCUUCAAGCCAUGAAGUUCAUGAAACUUGGAUCUAAACCUGAUACUUUCUACACUUCUGAAGCUGUAAGGUCGGUUUCCUCAGAAGUUUCAAGUGAUCUUGUAAUUCAAGUUCAAGGGUGUAGAUAUUUGCUUCACAAGUUUCCUUUGUUAUCUAAAUGCCUACGCCUACAGAGGCUAUGUGCAGAAUCCCCAGACUCUUCACCCCACCAAGUAAUAAAACUCCAUGACUUUCCAGGUGGGGUUGAAGCAUUUGAGCUAUGUGCAAAGUUCUGCUAUGGAAUCACCAUCACCUUAAGUGCCUAUAACAUUAUAGCUACGCGUUGCGCGGCUGAAUACCUUCAAAUGACAGAGGAAGCAGAGAAGGGGAACUUGAUCUACAAGCUUGAGGUUUUUCUCAAUUCUUGUGUUCUUCAAGGGUGGAAGGAUGCAAUUGUAACUUUGCAAUCUACUAAGGCCUUUCCUAGUUGGUCAGAGGAGCUUGGGAUCACUCAUAGGUGCAUAGAAGCUAUUGCUUCAAGGGUUUUAACCCACCCUACAAAGAUUAGUCUCUCCCGUACCUACUCGAGACGAGGUGGAGGAGGUGGUGGAGGGAGAGAUGACAUAUCUUGUAAUGGUGGCGGUGUUGGUGGUGGUGGGUCAGAGUGCGUAAAGCAUAAGAAUUUGAGCAAAGGGUGGUGGGCAGAGGAUGUUGCUGACUUGGGCAUCGAUCUUUAUUGGAGGACUAUGAUAGCAGUCAAGUCUGGUGGAAGAGUUCCUUCUAACCUAAUUGGAGAGGCAUUGCAAGUUUAUGCCUCUAAAUGGCUUCCUACUAAGCAAGUCAUUCCUGACAUUGAUUCAGAUAAAUCAGGAGAAAAAACAUCCAAAUAUAGGUUAUUGUUGGAAUCAAUAGUUAGCUUGCUGCCUUCUGAAAAAGGUUCAGUUUCCUGCAGCUUCUUGCUCAAGUUGUUGAGGGCGGCGAAUUUGCUAAACGCUUCUCCAUCGUCGAAAAUGGAGAUAGCAAGAAGAGUGGGGAUUCAAUUGGAAGAAGCAAACGCGAAAGAUUUGUUAAUACCGGCCUCGUUGAGUGAAACUCGGUAUGAUGUGGAUAUUUUUAUGGCCAUUUUGGAGCAGUUUAUGUCACAAGGGCAGAGCCCCCCAACUAGUCCUCCUAGGAGUAAGGGAAGAUAUGAGAGAAGGCGAAGGUCAAGAUCAGCUGAGAAUAUUGAUAUUUUCCAAGAAAGUAGGAGGUCUUCUUCUGCAUCUCAUUGUUCUAAGUUGAAGGUGGCUAAGCUUGUUGACCGGUAUCUUCAAGAGAUUGCCCAUGACCCGAAUUUGCCCCUGUCGAAAAUGAUAGCAAUUGCAGAAGCUAUACCCGUUUUCGCUAGGAUCGAUCACGAUGAUCUCUACAGAGCAAUUGACACUUACUUGAAGGCACAUCCACAGCUUAACAAAAGUGAAAGAAAACGUCUAUGCCGAGUCUUAGACUGCAAAAAAUUGUCCAUGGAUGUUUGCAUGCAUGCUGCUCAGAAUGAGCUACUCCCUCUCAGAGUGGUAGUCCAAGUCCUUUUUUUCGAACAAGCUCGCUCUGCCAUGGCAGGAGGUAAAGUUACUGAUCUACCCCCAAACAUCAAGGCAUUGCUCGCUGCACAUGAUGAUUCAUCUAGACCAACCGCGGCACUGAGCACCACAACGACUAAUCCAGGGGCCGAAGAUCAAUGGAGUGUAUCGGGCCUGAAAUCACCCAACUCGAAGCUCGCAACUCUUAAGAUGAAGUUGGCCGAGGAUGAUUUGGAAGAAAAUAGCUUUGCGAAAGGAUUGAAGUUUAAGAAUCUUUGCUCGAUUCCUACUCGUCCUAAACGAAUGUUCAGCAAGUUAUUCCCUAUGAACAGCAGAAAUGUGAGUGAAAAGAACUGAAGGUUUACUUGACCAGUUAAAAUAUUUUGGUUCUGAUUUAUUUCAACCAUCUUGUAAAAUUUUAGGCAAAGAAACUAAAUGUGAAUUGUUGAUGUAGCCUAUUUCAAUAAGGUGAAAGAAAAAUGUUCCAAGACUUUGAGUGGGAAAAAUCUCUCAAGGUAUACUCUCAAUUUAAGGCCACGAGAAUAGGAUUUGGUAGUUGUAAAUGUCUAAGCAUAUAUGGGACCAUAAAAGUGGUUGUGUUAAUUUUUCCAUAUAAUUUAUCAAAAUUCUGUCCCUAUCCCUUUUUUGUUUAUCUUA